CUGAGCAAGUCAUUCUUAGACGUAAGGUAACGAAGAGGGAUCAGAAAGAUAAGAAAAAAAGAGACAGUGGUGUGUCCAUGGCUGAGGUUAUGGCGAAGGCGAAGAAAAUGCGUGAGGCGCGUGAACGUGUUUUGUCAACUGGGAGCAGUGGAUCAGCCGCUAAAGAUACCAGUGAAGAUCCUUUCGAAUCUGCAAUGCAAGCCCGGGUGGUGCAACUUAAUCGCAGGAAGGUGGAGGUGCAGCAAGCUCCUCGCCAGGAGGAAGACAGUGAACUGAUGAAAGAGAUGAAACGGAAAGCGAAGAGAGCUAGUCGGGCUUUCGUGGAAACCGAGAAAGGUCCACAUCUGUCGCCUGACGACAAUGUUUUCGUCCUUGACGUAAAUGAAGUGAGAUCCAUGAGAGACAAUGUCUCUAUUUCUAGCAGGGAGGGAGGUGACAAUGACUCGGUGCAUUCGCUGGAAACCGGAGUUAGAUUGGAGUCACCCAAACAAGUGAAGGACUUUGUUGACAGUUUGUUUGACCCUGUGCUUUCAGAGGGAGUAGAGGGUUUAUCGAAUGAGAUGGCAUUACAAGGAGCUUUGAAAGGCGGUGGAGGAGUGAAUCAGCCAAACAACACUGCAACAGCUAAUGGUGGUGCAUCAACAGGUUCAACAGCAGCUGCAGUGAAUGGACAGGCUCACAUUCAAGGGAAUGGAUUUGGUGGACAUCCAGCCGUUCACGCCCCGGGAAACGGUUACCCAGGAGUAAUGCAAUCGAAUGGUUUCCCAGGAAUGAUGGGUAUGCCUUCCAUGUAUUACGGAAUGCCCCAAGCAAAUGGUCCCUUGAGUAUACCACAGGCGAAUGGGUCCUUGGCUAUGCCACAACCAAAUGUACCCCUCAUGGGAGUCCCCCAAGCAAGCGGCGGGCCUUUGUUGGGUGGUCCAUUAUUCCAACCCAACAUGGAAACGGCAAUGCUGGCAGCUCAGCAGCAAGUUCUUAUUGAGCGCCUGAUAGCGCAGCAAGCACUCCUGCAACAACAGCAGACGGUAGCCUCUCAGAAGCAGCAGGAGCAGCUUUUGAUGCUCGCCAAACAGCAGCAGUCUCAGCUAGAGCAGAUGCAGUCCAUUCUUGCUGCUUCAAAUCAGCAGGAACAAACAGUGGACGGACCUGCACCUCCUUCCGUUGUCACUGCUACAAAUGGCCAUUCUGCGAGGUACACGGCUGCGACCACAGCUGAUGUUCCUUUACCUCCGCCUGAGUUUUCGGACAUUGGGAACUUGCCGCCACCUCCAUUGUACCCUCCUCUAUCACCCCAGGUGCCUGUCCCGGCACGCACUUCAUCGCUUCCUCCGCCACCACCAUCCACGCGAGAAGAACGAUCCUCUUCUUCUGAGGAGUUUCCAGCGCCACCUCCAGCCAUUACCGGAAGUACAGUCGAGAAUAUUGACACACCGGAGAGACCCGGACUUACGAGGCGAAGCACUGACAAGGUAGCGCUAGCUAUAGCUGCAUUGGAGGGGAAGUCAGGAGGGGAAGAGCUCCGCUCUCCUGGACCAACGUCUCCUCUCAGGCAUGGGGAGAGUUUUAGUUUUGCUAGCGAAUCUUCCCCCCGAAGGGAUAGUGCUGCUAAAGAAAGACCAGACUUAAACAAACGAGCUUCUUCGUCGCUAAAUUUUGUUGUGUUGUCUGACAAAAACAACGUUACAACUUUGCAUCCAAGGUGUACUGGACCAUAUCUUUCAUACAGUCAUGUGAAGUGGAAAUUCAACAUUCGCAAAGAGGUUUUCACGGCAGACGAGAAAAUGGACAAUAAUCUUAAACAGCGGUUGAUAUUUCUGCAGAUACUUCGCGAUUCGUACUCCAAUUGCUGCUGUAAAAUGUCACAUGAAGAUUGCAAACGGAUGCAGCUUUUAUUACAAAAAUAUGGCAUCACACCGGAGAGGCCCCACUCAAGUGUACCAGUGGAAGACAUCAUUAUCGAAGCUGCCAGACAGCUGCCCCUCUAUUUCAGCCGGUUCUUUGUCGUUAAGGGUCAGAAUGAAUUGCCGGAUGUGCAUUACUUAGCUGUGUCUGAACACGGUGUCAAGUUGGUGAAAAGAGAGAAAAUAACAGAUGAACUGGAAGUCAUGAGAAGUAUCCCGUACACGGAGUUGGUUAAGCUAAAGGUCCUUAAGGAUAAACUGACCCUAACGCUUACAAAAGAAGUUAAAGUUGUUGUUCAUACAGAAAGGGCUGCAGAGGCAAAGCAGAUUAUUGACACAUACCUCAGACAUUUGGAAAAGGAAGUGCAGUAUGUCCGUGCGCUAUAUGAUCACGUGAGCCCCGAGCCUGCUCUUCUUAACUUCAAGAAGGGUGACGUCAUAAAGAUUGUGCGUAAAGAUGAUUUGGAGGAGGGCUGGGUCUAUGGUGUGUUCAACAACCAAUCCGGAUAUUUUCCUGCUGAUUUCGUCACACACAUUCAAGAGGACCCUCAAGCAGUACCGUCCGCUCGCCCCGCCACCAUGGUCAAGGCAGCUUCCAUGGGAAGUCUACUAAAUCUAGAUCCUGAAGCGCCGAUACCUGGAGAGAUGCGUCCAAGGACUGGUAGUGUGAAAUCUACCAAGUCUGACAAGUCAGAAUAUAACUCCGAUAAACACUCCAUGAUGGAGUUUGCCAUGCAAUACUUCAGGCAUGGAAGAGAGGCUCUGGUGCGAGCAGAGGAUGGAACUAUCCGGGGGACAGUUAAGGUGCGAGGAACGCUGGGAAAGUCAUCCAAAGCAAAUCACAAGAAGGACAAGGAAGAGUGGUCGUGGAGUGGUCUCGCUGAACUCGUCAAAUACAGCAGAGCACCCAUCCAAGCAUCCCUUAUACGAAGAGAGUCCCCGCAGCUGAAUAAAUUAGCAGUGGAAACUUUCCAAACGAUUAUGAAGUUCAUGGGAGAUUUGCCCUUGUCCAAACAUCAAAAGGAAACGGAGCUUGUGUUUAACUUGCUUAAGACCUGUCGUGAAAUUCCUGCAUUAAGAGACGAGGUUUAUUGUCAGCUGAUUAAGCAAGUUACCAGUAACAAGAGUCCCAAACCUGAAAGUGCAAGUAGAGGCUGGCGGCUAAUGAUUAUCAUCACAGCUUACAUUGAGUGCUCAGAUAUUUUCAAGCCUUUCCUGGUAACGUUCUUACAGAGCACGGCUAGUGAUCCCAAGAGAGAGUUCCAUGGUGCUGCAGCCACUUGUGAGAUGAACUUGAUGAAGACUUUUAAGUACGGUGGACGAAAGACUCCCCCCAGUAAGGAGGAAUUGAAUCAGCUUGUGCAAGGACGGCAAACCAAACGCCAGGUGUUUGUUAUUCCUGGAGGAACACGAAUGCUGAAAGUCCAAACCAGUUCAACUGGUUUUGACGUCAUCAAGGAGAUGUGUGUUGACAUGGAUUUGGCAUCAGAGAUCUACUACAAGGAGUAUGGACUUUUCACCUUCAUAGAAGGACCAGAGAACUUAAUGGUACCGAUCCAAACUAAAGACUACAUAAUGGAUGUAGUCAGUUCCAUGGAGAGAGAAGGGAUCGCUUACAGUUUGCUGUUCCGCCGCGUUUUAUGGUUACAAGGCCUGAGACUCGAUAAUGAGCUGCUGGUCAGCGUCAUCUACCAUCAGGUGUUGCCAGACUACAUGGCGGGCUAUCUACUAGGAACACACGGUCGAUCCUUUGGCGAUGCACAGUUUCAGAAUCUCAUCGCUGAACUAGGAGCGCUACAGUAUCGAGCUCGUGAUAAAUCAAUCCUUCAUUCAAACCAUUCAGAAGUACAGACUCUAAUACCAAGGGGAAUGUUAGAGAGGCUACGACCCCAACAGUGGGUAAUUCUUAUACAAGAUCACUUCCGGAGCUGUCACAAAAUGACCCCUCAUCAAGCACGCCGGAAAUUCCUUGAAACUGUCACUAGGUGGCCGUAUUUUGGAUCAACUUUCUUCGAAGUCAAGAAAUGCAGCAACCCAGCGGUUUCAGGUGACUGUAUUGUGGCAGUCAAUAGAACCGGAGUUCAUUUCUUGAGUCAAACUUCGAUGCAAACGUUGCUGAGCGAGCCAUUUGUUAGCAUCAUCUCCACGCGGCUUUUAAUCUCGGACAAAAAGAGACAGUUCCUGGAUCUUAAAAUUGGAAAUACCAUGAUGCAGAAAGUCACACGUAUGGAGACAACACAGGCCAAAGAAAUUUCCAAUCUUAUAUACAAAUACGUGGCCGUACAUUCCUCGGCGAAACAAGAAGGCUAAACCCAAGGAUUACCAGUAAUAAUGAAAUCUUAGCUCUUUUCAUUGGAGAUCCCAGAAGGAUCUAGAAAUAUCAGAUCCUUAGAUAUUUCUAAGGAUCUGAUAGACGUAGUUAGAUAGACGUAGCAUGUUGUGACUAGUCUCUCUUUCAGAGCAUGCUCAGAGUAACGCAUCUCACACGCUACAUAAUUUCUCUCCCGGUGAGACUAAUGCAACAAUAACAAUAGCUAGAGAGAUGUGAAUUUUGGAAUAAACCCUGUAUAUAGGAUCAGUCACUUUGCUUGAUCCUCUCUGGUCAAUGCUGAAACUUUGCAGUGCAAAUAAUUUACAUGAUCAAUUUAUGUGCAACAGCAGUUGGAAUAUACCUACCAUUCGUGUACUUUUUAAAGGAAACAUGACUAAUUUGAAUUGUCCUGAUGUGGACAAAAUUAAGAAGUUUUGUACCAUUCAAAUGUUAAAUUAAAUUUAAUUAGGUGAAAUUAAGAAUCAAACUUCCCUGAAAUAUCAUUCUCUGAAGUAAAAAUUGUGUAUAUAUAUUCUCAGCAUUACUGCGGAGUUUGUGCCUGUAAGUUUAUGGGCAGCUUAAAUAUGGAGAUGUAACAUGAAUAAGGAUAAUUUUUUACGAGAUGAAUUGGAUUCUCACAAUGUAUUUCCAGUGACGUUUUUGAUUAAUUUCGUUUGUUAUGGUUUGAUGUGAAUGCGUUUGUCAACGAUUAUUAAGCGUGAAAUUUUUAGAUCUCCAUGUGCAGUUUACUUGGUAACAUUUUUGAAAUGCAAAGUUUGUCUUUUUCUAUUUGACGUUUAUUCUAUGUUUAUUCAUCGAUGAUAACACAGCCUUAAAUUAACUAAAUGUAACAAAGUGGGAAAUCUACAGUAUAGUGUAAAGGUUCUCUUCCCUAUUUUUCAAAUUGAGAAUUAGUCAAGUAGUCUGACAGCGUUCAUUAGUAUUAAAUUUUGUAUUGUAUGCUCCAAUUUUGAGAACCACAGACAAGUGCUAAGUUUUUCUAGAGUUGUACGAAACUAUCUGCGGGCGAGGUGGCGAAGUUCACGAGCAAGCUUGGUCACCAAGUUUUGCGGGAAAAUGAUGCUGCAAUAUUUACACAAGGAGUAGUCACAUAUUGAAUUGAAUAUUUUUUAUAUUAAUUUUGCGCGAUAUUCAGACUGCUUCACAAGGUAAAAUGAAAAAAUAUAUAUUAAUUUUACAAACCUAGUUUGUUAACAAAUCAAAAUGUAUAUUACUGGUACUUUGCAAAACAGUUCUUUAAGUCCUCGCUAGUACUACAAUAUAAAUCUUAACUUCAUCGAUUAUAAAGCAACUGAAAAAUGUAGUUACGAUAUUACCCUUAGUACGGUUGGUCCUAAGAGUAAAAUUGGGUUAUUUAGUGAGUUCGAGUUGGAGUUUUUGGGGUAGACGUAAAUUAUUGUAUUCAUCAAUUCAGAUUGAAAUAUUGUAGCAACUUAUGUUGAAAUACUUUGCUAUAGUUGGUCAGCAAUGAUCAGUUUAUGUAUUUAGCAGUAAUUUAUAAUUGAAUGUAGGUUAGUUAUACUUUGCUAUAUUUGUUCAGCAAUGAUCAGUUAAUGUAUUUAGCAGUAAUUUAUAAUUGACAGUAGGUUAGUGUGGUUGAAUUAAAAUAUAAAUCAGACAAAUAUCAGAUAAGGAAACAAAGCUACUGUCAGUGAAGAAUUUCUUAGUCUCGAUAAUGCAUUUUUCUAGAAUCACUUAAUUUUGCUUACAGUAUGUAUUGCACAACUUCACUGACAAUCGCACAUUUCUUUUCAAAUGUUAUACAGGAAUCAUAUAGUUCAUACGUAGACAGUAUAUUGAUUAAAAUGAAUAUUUCACGUAC